AUGGUAGAAGAGAUGGUGGAAGGGGAGGAAGAAGAAGUCCUCCUCCAAGAUAGCUUCGAUGCUUUCGACGACACCAUCCUCACGACGAAUCCCAAGUGUGGCACCACCUGGCUGAAGGCCCUUGCGUUCACUAUCGCCAACCACUCUCGGUAUGACUUCUCUAACCACCCACUACUCACCAACAAUCCCCAUGAGAUCGUACCAGUCAGAUAUUUACCUACCCUCGAGGUUCCUAUGGGCAAGGAACUAAGCUAUGUCGAGACGCUCCCCUCCCCAAGGCUUCUUGCCACUCAUAUGCCCCUUUUACUUCUCCCCAAGUCCCUUGUAGCCAACCAUAGCUGUAGAAUCGUUUACAUCUGUCAGGAGCCCAAAGACGCUUUUGUCUCUCGGUGGCACUUUGGGAAUAAGAUUUUUCGUGGAGGACAUGAGAUUGACUUGGAAGCUGCACUUAACAUGUUUUGUGAGGGUGCCUCACCAUAUGGGCCUUUCUGGGAUCACUGCCUCGAGUACUGGAGAGAGAGCAUUGCAAGGCCUGAUAGGGUUCUUUUCCUCAAGUACGAGGAGAUGAUGUCAGAGCCGGUGAAGCAUGGCGUCAGGCUUGCAGUGUUCCUAGGCGUCCCAUUCACCGGCAAGGAAGAAGACGACAGGAUUCCCGAGGAGGUGGUGAAGCUAUGCAGCUUUGAGAAGCUUAGCCGUUUACAAGCCAAUCAGAAAGGUUACUUUAUGAGGAGGAGAAACCUAGUUGUUGACAUGUCAGAUUACUUUAGGAGAGGGAAGAUUGGGGAUUGGGUAAAUUACACGAGUGAAGAGAUGGGGAGAAAGUUGGACUACAUCGUGAAAGAGAAACUAAGGGAUCGGACCUUGUGCGCGCCAAUCACGGCAGCCAUAUCUAAUACAAUUGAUGCGACAUUUUUAUUUGCUUGA